AUGCCGUACAACACUCGUCGCAAAUCGCUAUCUCUGCCAUCUCUCGGAAUUCACAUCCCAGUAAAUCGAUCCUCGCCUAAUAACCACAGCACAGCAUCCUCUAGAUCGUCUUCUGAGAGCUCGUCGCAUCCGAAUAAGAAGUUAAAACGGUCUUACAACGAUUCUUCACUCUCUUCAGCUGCACCUAGUUCAAAACGAAUUGCUAGCCCUGUCAAAUAUGACCGCACCCCGCCACCCUCGCCUGGCCUCCAAGUCUCUAUUGAGAUGGACGAGUCUGAGCUAUCCGAAUCACUAGAGAUCAAGAAAGUUGAUUUAGAGGGUAUAAACGAUGAGAUCGUUGAAGCCGUUAUCGUACGAUUAGAGGCGACUCGGAAUCGACCUCACCUAGUCAAGGAGCUAGCUACUUCCCUCAUGGAUCAGGUCAAAAUUGUUCAACAAUCCGCGAACCCUUGCGCUAUCAUUUCUUCUCGAUUGUCUACAUAUUUAAAGCGAUCAUGUUGGUCUGCUGUAGCUCCUUGUCCUUUAGCUAAGGAGCUUGAGACCGUCCACCCUAGGCGCACGUACUUUUAUCUGACCACAUGUCCCCAUUUACCUCUUCCAGACCCCACAGCCCAACGUGCCAUUAUUACACCAUCCCUAUCAAGCUCGGCUUCCACAUCCGAAGAUGCCGAUUGCGACCGAAGAAGAGAACUCAGCCUCUCACCUGAAGUUGAUCUUUCGUCGCCCGAGUUCGAUGAUAUGGAUGAAGAUAUUCCCAUGCCAGGUACCCCAAUGGGUUCGGUGUCUGGGUCUCAUCGGCCGCUCAAUGUGCCGCGCAACCCAAGAGGGGAUGAGCCGCCAUUGGAAAAAGAUGAAAAGGAAUUUACACAAACAGCAGAUGGUUUACAAAAAAGAAAAGCUAGUGGUCACUUACUUCGGGUCGACCCCGUUGACCAAGCGCCGAUAGAUGAUGGUAUGCAAAAUGAACAGCUUUUUGGCGAACCACCUAGGACUCUUGCGCCAAGUCUGUUGCCGCACAUGGUUUUUAUGACUAGUCCUGCAAUGCGACCUAGUAUGAUGCUACCUGUGAAGAAAGAUACAGAGGCAGAAAACUGGACUAGACUGGACGCCAUUCUUGACUGGGAUAGAAGUCCUGAGACAGUCGAGCUAGAUGAACUAGAUGGGUUACUUGACGACUACUGA